AUUUGUGUCACGUCGAGCACGUGAACCUUCACGUCUUGUCAACAUGAGUGGGCAGUCUGAACAGACUCCGAAGGGAUGUAGCUUGAAAUUCAAGUGGUAAAUUAGCUAGCUGCAACGUAUGGACUGGAUACUCUGGUCACUAUUCAUAGAUUUUUAUGCUAAACAGCUUUUUCAAAUGAAAUCUGGAGUCGUGAGAAUAUCAAUAUAAUGCAUUUCAUACAUGCAGGAGGGAUCAAUUGCAAAUAACGUUACUUGGACUGGACCAGACUAUGUAGCUAAUUUAGCUAGCCUAGCUAAAUUACCGACGUUAGCAACUACCUUCUUCACGCUGGUAGCGUUAGGCUAGCUAAAAUGAUAACUGGUGGUUUGUACCUGACGCGAUAUUAGCGCAACACAUUUGUAUUUACUCAAGGCGCUUGAUAGCAUAGCUAGCUAACGUUAAGUGGUACAGAAAUAGCCUAAAUCAGCUAGCUUAAUUUGCAAGCUAAAAUGACAUGAAGAACAUACCUUGGGAUGACUCAUCUUUUACCCGACUGAUGUUAAAUGCAACUUUGUUGUUAAUGUUUCCGUUAGUAAAACAUUGAGUAGCUGCAUGCAAGUGUGGUAUAUGCGUGAAGUAUCCUUGUCCAUGCUUGCCUGUGUAUCUAGCUAAGCUAAUUAGUUCACGUUAGGUAGGGACCCAAGAUGGGUUUUGAUUUGUCAAAAGAAGAUGCUGACGCAUGGUAUGUAUCUCAUCCUUUUAUGGCUUUUCUGGAAUAAUAUUAUCAACAAUGGCAUUUGUUUGCUGACACUGGCUACGUAGGAAACGAAAAGAUAUGGAUCCGCGGUUAAAAGGGAGAAUGUUCCAUUACUAGUGUCUAGUUAUCGUUCUCAGUUUUCCCGAGAUUGUCUGCAUAACUAGCUAAUCGAUUGCUAGCUGGAUGACGAAGACACCCAUUCUAUGUGGAUGAGACAUUUAAAUUGACGUUAUUGCUUGGCUAUCUACCUAUAUGCCAUCGCCCCAACAACCCAUUUUUUAUCUGGUCAACCAUGGCGGUUAGCGGGGUGAGUCUCCUUUCUCAAGUCGGGGACGUGGCUGCUCCGGCCGCUAUGUCCUCUUCCAAUACGUCAGUGUCCGCCAGUCCCACGCCAGAUGCGGACACCCGUGGCUGCGAGAACGGUGCCUUGAUGGACUCUUUCGGCAUCUUCCUGCAAGGCCUGCUAGCGAUGGUGGCCUUCAGUACGCUGAUGUUAAAGCGCUUCAGGGAGCCCAAGCAUGAGAGAAGGCCCUGGAGGAUCUGGUUCCUGGACACCUCCAAACAAGCCAUUGGGAUGCUGUUUAUUCACUUUGCCAAUGUCUACCUGUCUGACCUCACAGAGGAGGACCCCUGUUCACUUUACCUUAUAAACUUCCUCCUGGAUGCGUCUCUGGGCAUGCUGCUUAUCUAUGCCGGGGUGAGGACUGUCAGUGCCAUUGUAGAGUGGAGGCAGUGGGAUGCUCUACGCUUCGGAGAAUACGGAGAGCCUGUGCAGUGCACUGCAUGGGCGGGCCAGUGUGCUCUCUACAUCCUCAUCAUGAUGUUUGAGAAGGUCCUCAUCAUCCUGGUCCUACUCAUCCCCCAGUGGAAGAAGCUGGCUCUCCUGAACCCCAUAAACAAUCCUCAGUUGGAGCUGGCCAUCGUCAUGCUCAUCGUCCCAUUCUUCGUUAAUGCCCUGAUGUUUUGGGUGGUAGAUAACUUCCUGAUGAAGAAGGGGAGGACAAAAGCCAAGCUGGAGGAGCGGGAGGUGGGGGAGGAUGUGCGGGGCAACCGUAAGGUGCGCUACAGACGGGCACUCUCCCACGACGACUCGGAGUCUGAGAUUAAAGGGAGAGAUGCAUCCUGAUAAGCACAAGCAUACGACUGUUGAGGAACAAUUUUAAAUGUAAUUAUGGGGGGAUUUUUUAUUUAUUUUUUAAACACUUACUGUUAGGGUAAGUGGACCUAUUAAGCCCACUUAUCUUUGGAUGUAGAUAUUUUUCUUAAACAAAUUCUGCUGUUUUUAACCAAUUCAUCUGGUUGUUAUAUCCAUAAGUUUUUUUUCUUCCAAGCCAAUCAAAUGUUAUUGACAGUUAUGUGUAAAUUCCCACUAGCAGCCAAUUUCAAAGUUGCAAAAGGUGUGUAUUAACAUUGAAUUCUUACUUACAGGCCUUUCCCAACGAUACAGAGAGAAACAACAUUUAGAAAUGAUAAAAUAGUCAAACGCAUAAUAAUACACGUUGUCCUAGGUCUCUCUUUAUGUAGUGUUGUCUCUUGUCGUGAUGUGUGUUUGUCCUAUAUUGUUAUUUAAUUAUUAUUAUUUUAUCCCAGCCCCCUCAGGAGGCCUUUUGCCUUUUUGGUAGGCUGUCAUUGUAUAAAUUGUUACUAAUUGUGUUUAUUUAUUUAAAUAGGUCAGUUAAGAACAAAUUCUUAUUUACAAGGGGUUCCACUGCCGAGGUAAUUGAGGGAUAUAUGUACAUAUAACUAGGAAUAAAGUGACCAAUUAGUAAACCGCAGCAUGUGAUCAGUCAAAAAAAGUUGGUCCAGGUAUCUGUGUUUAACUAUUCAGUCUGGGUUCCACUAAACUAACAUAUGGAAUUGUUUUUGGAUAGUAAUACCAUGGAUCAUUUAGCUAUUUGAUUUCAAAUUUGAGGACCCCUUUAGGUAUAAAAAAAUUAUACAGUACUAGUCAAGUUUGGACACACCUACUCAUUCAAGGGUCUUUCUU